CUCGCACUCUAGCAUCACUCCCUGACAACAGCAGUGAUGGCGGAGCCCGUAGCAUCGGACACAGCAGCUGCAGCAUCCCACAGCCCGGGCCAUUCUCCCACAGCAAGCCCGGGCUCCGAGCCUCCAUCCAUGGCUCUCUCCCCUACAAAUGACGGCUCUCAACGGCUGCUCUUCUCCCACGACCUCGUCUCCGGGCGGUACCGCGGAUCAGUCCGGUUUGGCCUCGUACGGAUGAUCCACGGCGAGGAGGAGUUUAACCCGGAUUCGGACCUUGAUGAUGGCGGAGGGACACGCGGCGGUGGCGGUGGAAGUGAAGGAGGAGGUGGACGAGGAGCCCCGGGUGGUUCUGACACUGAGAGCGCAGUGGACAGUCCGAGUCGGCCACUAGGUAGAGGAUACGUCCGGGUCCAGUGGUACCCUGAAGGAGGGAAGCAGGACAUCAGGGAAACAAAGCUAAAACUUGAAGAUCGAUCUAUUGUCAUCAGGGACAUUGUGCGACGGAACAAUUCCAAUGACAACCAGUGUGGUAUCGUCACCAACAUUGACAUCGAGUGCGCAGUGAAACUAGUGGGAACAAACUGUGUCCUGUAUCCUGUUAACAGCAAAGACCUACAACACAUAUGGUCCUUCAUGUACGGUGACUACAUUGCCUACGACUUCUGGUUGGGGAAGGUGUACGACUUGACCAAUCACAUCAUCCUCAAGCUCUCCAACGGAGCCAGGUGCUCCAUGAGUGUGGAGGACGGUGCCAAGCUCUACGACGUCUGUCCACACGUCAGUGACUCGGGCCUGUUUUUUGACGAGGCCUACGGUUUCUACCCAGGCCAAGUCCUCAUCGGUCCCGCCAAGGUUUUCUCUAAUGUGCAGUGGUUGUCAGGGGUCAAACCUGUUCUCAGCAGAAAGUGCAAGUUCAGGGUGGUGGUAGAAGAGGUGAAGGUGGCUGAGCUGAAGGUGACGUGGAUCACCAGGAGCUUCUCUCCAAAAGGUUCCAACAGCGUUUAUCCACCUCCCUCCACCAUCACACAGGAAAACCUCUGCAGAGUGAGACGUCUGGGUUAUUACGACCACACCCAGAGGCAGCUGGGAGAGAGGGCGCUCUAUGUCUUCCCGGCAAAAGGUGAUGCCACGCGGAUCACCUGUGAUGGACCUGAGGGAGGAGUGGUCCUGCCAGAAGACCCUGUGGUCAGAAAGCUGAAAGGCCUGUUCAAGAAGUAUUCAGGGAAGAAGACAGAGAACGCUGAUGCACACGGUGAAAACAAGUGUGAGCAGACAGACUCGUCACACCCCAACAACAACGGGCCUGUGGUUUCCAUCCCGAACGCCCCGGACGCUCAGAACACCAACGACGGUUCAGCUGAGCACGCAGAGCAGGACGCUGAUGACGAGGCUGCAGAAGAUACUGAUGACACCAGUUCUCUGACAUCAUCAGCGAGCUCCACUGCCUCCUCUCAGAGCGGUGGUUUGACAACGAACCGAAAAAAGAGCAUCCCUCUCUCCAUUCGUAACCUGAAGAGGAAGCACAAGAAGAAGAGGACCAAAUUUUCCCGGGAGUUCAAGCCUGGAGAUCGCGUGGCUGUAGAAGUUGUUUCCACCAAGACCACAGCUGAUGUGAUGUGGAAGGACGGGCGGGUGGAGAAGGGCAUCAGAUCGAAUGACCUCAUCCCGAUACAGCACCUGGACAGCCAUGAGUUCUGUCCCGGAGACUUUGUAGUGGACAAAAGACCUCAAGCCCUGCAGGACCCAGGAGUGUAUGGUGUGAUCCAGUCAGGUGACCACAAGGGCAGAACGUGUGUGGUCAAGUGGAUAAAACUUAAUCCCACAAGUGAUGAUGUGGAGGUUGUUGGUGUGGAGGAGGACGUCAGUGUGUACGACAUCGCAGAUCACCCAGACUUUCACUUUCGCACCACUGACAUCGUCAUCAGAAUAUGGAAUUCAGAGAACGGAGAGAACGACUGUGAAAAUGAGACAUCAGUCGGCCAGGUGUCCCGGGUGGACGUGAGCAGUAAAGUGGAGGUGGUGUGGGCAGACAACUCUAUGACCAUCGUCCUGCCACAGCACCUCUACAACGUGGAGUCGGAGAUCGAGGAGACGGACUACGACUCUGUGGAGGAGACCAGCAGCGUCCUGUCCACCGAGGAGUGGGAGGACGAGAGUGACAGCUGGGAGACGGACAAUGGCUUGACCACAGAGGACGACAAUAGCUACAUGAACAACGCAGAAGUAACUGACGCAGCGAACCCGACCCCCACGCCCAUUGGCUCUGCAGCUUUCAUCAUCCCCCCACAGGAGGGCAGCAAAGCUGCUGUCACCAGCCCGACAACGGAUGUCCUCGGAGAAGAGGGAGAGGCGUCUGUGGCUGUGACCAGUCCUUCUGCAGCAGGAGGUCCAGUAAAUGGAGCAGAGAAGCCCAGUAAAGAUGGUGCCCCCCGGGGCUUCAGGGAGCUGAAAGAAGCCUUGAAAAUCCUGGAGAGCCUUAAGAACAUGACUGUGGAGCAGCUGUUGACUGGAGGUUCUCCGACCUCUCCGACCUCCACCGAACCAGCCUCCACCACUAACGUGGCCAGUUCAGUGACACUUGCACCCCCUGAAAAACCCACCAGGGAGAAACGGUUCUUGGACGACAUCAAGAAGCUGCAGGAGAACCUGAGAAAGACGCUGGACAAUGUGGCCAUUGUGGAGGAGGAGAAGAUGGAGGCUGUGGUGGAGGCAGGGGGCAGCGCAGUCGCCGGAACAGAGGUUGAGAAACCUAGAGAGGAGAAACCGCAGCAGGAGCCGCAGACUCCUGUUGGUACACAGGAGUGGCCCAGCGAGUUUCUCAGUGACACACCAGUACUGUGCCAACAGAGCGGGGGAAAACCGGGCGUCACCUUCACCAGUGCCAAGGGAGAGGUGUUCUCUGUGCUAGAGUGGGCGCCAGACACCCAUUCAUUUAAGAAAAUGGAGUUUCAGCCAGCGGAGGCCAAGAAGUUCUUCAGUACAGUCAGGAAAGAAAUGGCGCUGCUAGCAACAUCACUGCCAGACGGCAUCAUGGUCAAAACCUUCGAGGAUCGCAUGGACCUAUUCUCAGCUCAGAUAAAAGGACCGACCCGUACGCCCUACGAGGACGGGCUCUUCCUGUUUGACAUUCAGCUGCCCAACAUCUACCCAGCUGUCCCCCCACUGUUCAGAUAUCUGUCCCAGUGCAGCGGCCGCCUGAAUCCUAACCUCUAUGACAAUGGGAAAGUCUGCGUCAGUCUAUUGGGCACCUGGAUUGGGAAGGGCACUGAGAGAUGGACCAGCAAGUCCAGUCUGUUGCAAGUUCUCAUCUCCAUUCAAGGCCUCAUCCUGGUGAACGAGCCGUACUACAACGAGGCCGGCUUCGACAGCGACCGCGGCCUUCAGGAAGGAUACGAGAACAGCCGCUGUUACAACGAGAUGGCCCUGAUUAAGAUGGUCCAGUCCAUGACGCAGCUGCUGCAGAAUCCCGUGGAGGUUUUCAAGCAGGAGAUCCAGGAGCACUUUAACUCCAGCGGCUGGAGACUCGUCCACCGUCUGGAGGCGUGGCUGGAGCUGAGCGACGCCACAGACCACGCGCACGCGACCUGCAGACCAUCGCACUCCAAGGAGCGACCUCCGUCAGUGGAGCCUCUAGAUGAACAGCUGGGUCUGGGAUCUGCUGUGGCCCACAGCAGCCCCAGUAAACCUGGGAAGGACGGGGUGAUGGGAGUUAACAGCAUCAUCGAGGAGGAGCUGGAGGAUUCAGGGCUGAGUCCCUCCACGACGGCAGCCUCUCAGCAGGAGCUGAGCCAGAACUCGGACUGCGACAGCAGCCAAGGGAACGCCACUGCAGGCGGUGAAACCAGAGCAGCGUCCACGAUGCUUGGCUCCACCCGUGGUGUGUCGUCGGAAUCGGGCCCUGCCACGGUAGGCACGGUAGGAGGGGUGGGCUCCACGGGAGGUCAGCCGGUGGUUCGACCAAAGAAACGAAGAAAGAGCUACAGGAGUUUCCUCCCAGAGGGCAGCGGCUACCCCGAUAUCCGGCUUCCCCUCUUCCCGCUCUCCAAGGGCUUUGUGAAGAGUGUCCGAGGUGUGCUGCUGCAGUACCGAGCUGCGCUGGCCGCUGCCGGCAUCGCUGAGCACACAGAGGACAACGUCCCUGCAGAUGAGUGUGAUGAAUAAACCGGGGUGGCACUCGUGCAGUCACGAUCUCGUCUUUCCACCAAUGCAGGUAAAAAUAGGAGGUUGAAGGUGUUUUCUCUCAGCCUCGGCCGGACUGUUGACUUGUGUGGCAGAUGUGCGGAUGCAAAAAGAAGAGCAAAAGGUGAAGAAAGAGAAAUCUGUGCCAUGAACCCUCAUCCAUGCAGCCAAGCUUCCACCACACUGAUUAAAAACCACUCGUUUAAAUCAGCCUGAGAAAUGUACCA